AUGUUCCAAGGACAAUUUGGCUAUGGCAAUGCUGGGCCCCAGUUCAACAACCAGCAGGCAGGGGCCCAGCCUAACCAGCAGCAACAGCAGCAGAUGAUGUUCAAUCCGCAACAAUUCGCUGGAAUGGCGCCUCAGCCCGGCUUUAAUCCCGCUGCGAAUCCCCAGAUGAUGGCAGGUGCCUCGCAAGGCAUGAUGCAGAACCCUGCCAUGCCUAAUAUGGCUGCCAAUGGACAAAUGCCCGGGUUUCAGCAACAAUUCGCUCCCCAGUAUGGGCAAGUUCCGCAGAAUUUCCCGCAACAGCAAUACAUGAUGGCUGGCAUGCAGGGCUUCCCCAUGAAUCAGCAAGGCAUGACGCCGCAGCAAGCUCAGCAAAUAAUGCAGCAACGCCUGCAGCAGCAACAACAUCUUCAGCAACAACAAGCACAGCAACAAGCACAGCAGCAGGCGCAGCAGCAGCAAGCGCAGCAGCAGCAAGCGCAGCAUCAAGCACAACAUCAAGCGCAGCAUCAAGCGCAGCAUCAAGCACAACAUCAGGCGCAGCAUCAAGCGCAGCAGCAAGCGCAGCUGCAACAGCAGCCACAACAACACCAUCAGCAGCAGCAGCAGCAGCAGCAGCACCAGCAACAAGCUCAGCAUCAGCACCCCCAACACCAACAGCUUCAACAACACCAAAACCCCCAGGCGCAGCAGCAGCAUGUCCAACACCAGCAGCUCCAGCAGCAUCAUAAUCAGCAAAUACAGCCACAACACUCGCAACAGAACAACAUGAGCCAGGUCGGAACCCCGCAAAGACCCCCAAGUGCCGUGCAGAAUAGCUCUGCUGGACAGAUGCCCGGACAGCCUCAAUUCUCCCCCCACCAAAUGCCUCAUGGAUCUCCACAGCAAGGUGGCCAAAUGCAGCAACAUGCUCAACAGCAUCAGCAACAAAUGCAGCAGCCUGGAGCCAUCAUUACUCCUCAGACACCGACAUUUCCCAGCAAUCAGGGGCCCAACGCAGGUGUAGCAUCCAACGCUCCUCCUCUAAGCCCAGCCUCGGAAUCGCGUGAAAAGGAGCGGUUUGCGCUGCUGCUCGAUAUCAACCACGAGCUGCUAUACGAAGUCAUUCUUCUGCAAAACACACAGACGGAGCUCAAGAAGGAAGCAGCGGCUGCAAAUGGCAAUGCGGGGGAAAGGAAGCAAACUGAGGAGGAGACCUUAUUCCAACAAGACUACGUGCACUGUAUGCGCCGCCUACAAGCCAACCUCUCGUACAUGGCCGCACAGGCCGAUCGCAAAACGGAAACCAAGGGGCCGCCCUAUCCCACCUUUAUGACUGCGCCGCCACUGAAUCUGUCUCUCCGCCCUCGAGCCCAGCCAAUGGUUCCCGACGGAUCUGAUGCCAAAAUUGACCCUGCGGCUGAUCGAGAAGAAAGAGACAAAGCGAUCAAAGACCUGUACCGCCGUUUGCAAGCAGCCUACCCGGGUGUCGACUUUAAGAAAGAGUCCGCGGCUCGCUUACAACACGGUCAGAAACCUGGCAACCCUGCCGCUUUCCAAGGCAGUCCAAUCUCGCAAAAGACGCCACAGAUACCGAAUGCACCGCCGCCACAGAUAGACGGUGAAACCCUGCGAUCACAGGAUCAGCCCGCGUCUACAUAUAUGCUCCGAUCGUUUACGCGCGCCUUUUCCAUCUCUACCAGAAUGGCGCUUCACCCCCCGCAAGGUGACAAGCUCAUCUUCGCCCCCGGAGACUCCGGCACGCAAGGCACGCAAGCCGCGCAAUUCACCCUCGGCACGCUCUCACGCCGCGACCUCGACAGCACCUCCUCCCCAAUCCCGCAGUUCCACAAGUGGUUCUCCGAGGCGCAGGACGCGAUCCGCGGCGCCCAGGGUGCGGCGACGGCGGAAACCUGCACGCUGUCUACGGCGGAGCUGCCGUCGGGCCGCGUGUCGUCGCGGCUAGUGUACCUCAAGGAGCUCGACGCGCGCGGGGGCUUCGUCAUUUACUCCAACUUUGGCACGUCGCGCAAGGCGGCCGACCUCGCGACCAAUCCGCACGCGGCGCUGUGCUUUUACUGGUCGCCGCUGCAGCGGCAGGUGCGUGUCGAGGGCGUGGCGGCGCGGCUGUCGGCCGAGGAGAGCCAGGUGUACUUUGACACGCGCGCGCGGGGCAGCCGCAUCGGCGCGUGGUCGAGCCGGCAGAGCGCCGUGCUGGAGCCGACGACGACGGCGGCGGCGCAGGAUGGUGAUGGUGAUGACGACGGGCGCGCUCAGCUGGAGGGCUGGGUGGCGGAGACGGAGAAGCGGUUCGAGGGGCAAGACAAGAUUCCGGUGCCGCCUUUCUGGGGCGGACUGCGAAUCGUGCCGAGCAGGGUUGAGUUUUGGCAAGGUCGUGACAGCAGACUACAUGAUCGCUUCGUGUAUGAGCGAGAGAAUGAAAAUGCAGAGUGGGUGUUGAGUAGGCUGAGCCCUUAG